AUGCCCCCCAAGAAGGCUGCAACUCAAGAAAAGGUCCUGCUGGGCCGCCCCGGCAACUCUCUCAAGAGCGGUAUCGUUGGUCUCGCCAACGUUGGCAAGUCCACGCUUUUCCAAUCCAUCACCAAGUCCUCGCUGGGUAACCCGGCCAACUUCCCUUAUGCCACCAUUGAUCCCGAGGAGGCUCGCGUCGUCGUCCCCGAUGAGCGUUUCGACUGGCUCGUCGAUCACUACAAGCCCAAGUCGGUUGUGCCCGCCAACUUGACCGUCUACGAUAUCGCCGGUCUGACUCGCGGUGCCUCCACUGGUGCCGGUCUCGGUAACAACUUCUUGUCUCACAUUCGUGCCGUCGAUGCCAUCUACCAAGUGGUUCGUUGCUUCGAUGACGCCGAGAUUAUCCACGUCGAGGGCGAUGUCGACCCCGUCCGCGACUUGACCAUCAUCAGCGAGGAGCUGCGCGUCAAGGAUAUCGAGUUCGUCGAGAAGGCUCUCGAUGCUCUCUCCAAGCAGACUCGCCGUGGUGGCCAGUCUCUUGAGAUGAAGAAGCUGAAGGAGGAGGAGGCCACCACUACUCGUGUCCUCGAGUGGUUGAAGGAUGGCAAGGACAUCCGUCAGGGUGACUGGUCCCCCCAAGGAGGUACCUCGUCGAACGUUGAGGCCAUCAACCCUCUGUUCCUGCUCACCGCCAAGCCCGUCGUGUACCUGGUCAACCUGAGCGAGAAGGACUACAUCCGCCAGAAGAACAAGUACCUCCCCGGUCUGUUCGAGUGGUGCAAGACCCACACCCCCGGUUGCCCCAUUCUGCCCAUCUCCGCCUGCUUCGAGGAGCGUCUCACCCUGAUGCAGGAUGACGCCGCCGCCGAGGCGGAGUGCAAGAAGCUAGGCACCAAGUCCGGUCUGCCCAAGGCCAUUACCACCAUGCGUACCGCCCUGAACCUGUCCAGCUUCUUCACCACCGGUACGGAUGAGGUCCGUCAAUGGACCAUCCGCAAGGGCAUCAAGGCCCCUGCCGCUGCCGGUGUCAUUCACACCGACUUCGAGAAGACCUUUAUCCAGGCCAUUGCCUACAACUACAGCACGCUGCGCGAGCUUGGCGACGAGGCUGCCGUCAAAGCCGCUGGUAAGAUCAUGACCAAGGGCAAGGAUUACGUUGUCGAGGACGGCGAUAUCCUGCUCAUCAAGGCCGGCGCUGCCAAGAGCUAA